AUGAUUGUAAAAGCGAUUGGCAUAGCCAUUAAACUUACAUUUGAUGGUUCAAAUCAAAAUGUUUACUUUCAAACAUGGAUUUUUACAAUGGUCGGCAUUUCCUGCAUCAUUACUAGUUUAAAUCACCUUAAUAUGGCAUUGGAUACUUUGAACACAACAGUGGUUUCUCCAAUCUAUUAUGCAUUGUUCGCUUUGUUUACAAUAUUAGCCGGUGCAAUCAUGUUUAAGGAUUAUUUAGGACAAAGUAUGAGCAGUAUUGCAUCAGAGCUAUGUGGUUUCAUCAUUGUUUUAUCUGGAACAACUGUAUCGCACUACACUAGAAUACCAGAUCCUCCCGUCAAUACCGAUGUAUACAGUCCCCUGUCACCAAAACUUUAUCAGCAUUACAAACAUAAUGAAGAACAUUUUUGGAGAAUACAACAACAACACAAAAAUCAAAUGCAAAACCUGUUUGAUGAAGGCCUCUAUUUCGUGUUUCUGUUGAAGGAUCAAGAAUGGAAUCUUUGGUGUCGGACUGUCUGUUCAGUUGGAACAGGUAACUCCGUGGCAGUGGCCGAGUUGCGACGGAGAUGA